AUGAACGGGGCUCAACUCACUGACAGAGCCAACAAAGCUUUGCUGGAUUCCAGCGGCUUGGCCGAACAAUACGCCCACUCCCAAAUCCUCCCCAUUCACCUCGCCUACUCCCUUCUUAAUCCUUCUCCGGACGAAUCUCAAGACCAACAGGUGCCCGCUCACCCCUCUCACGAUGGUGCCUCCGUUUCCCUCUUCCGCCAGGUCGUCGAGCGUGCCCAUGGCGACCCCCAGCUCCUCGAUCGGGCUCUCAUGAAGCGGAUGGUCCGUCUACCGAGUCAGGACCCCCCGCCAGAGACCGUCAGUGUCUCGCCAGCGCUCGCCAAGGUCAUCCGUACCGCAACCGACCUGUCCAAAACCCAGAAAGACAGCUUUGUCGCCAUCGACCACCUCAUCAUCUCUGUUGCCCAGGAUUCCCAAGUGCAGUCGGCAUUGGCGGACUCGAACAUUCCCAACACCAAGCUUAUCGAAACGGCUGUCCAGCAAAUCCGAGGCAGCAAACGCGUCGAUUCCAAGACCGCCGACUCCGAGAGCGAAAGCGAAAACCUCAAGAAAUUCACUAUUGACAUGACGUCAUUGGCCCGCGAGGGUAAGAUCGACCCUGUCAUCGGUCGAGAAGAAGAGAUCCGACGGGUCAUUCGCAUCCUCAGUCGUCGCACCAAGAACAACCCCGUACUCAUCGGUGAGCCCGGUGUCGGAAAGACCACGAUUGUCGAAGGGCUGGCCCGUCGUAUCGUGAACGCCGAUGUGCCCGCCAACCUCGCCCAAUGCAAGCUGCUUUCUCUCGAUGUCGGCGCGCUGGUCGCUGGAAGCAAGUACCGUGGUGAGUUUGAAGAACGCAUGAAGGGUGUCCUUAAGGAGAUCGAGGAAUCCAAGGACACCAUCGUCCUCUUCGUCGAUGAAAUCCAUCUUCUCAUGGGUGCCGGUUCGAGCGGCGAAGGUGGCAUGGACGCUGCCAAUCUCCUCAAACCCAUGCUGGCCCGUGGUCAACUUCACUGCAUUGGAGCCACGACGCUCGGCGAAUACCGCAAAUACAUCGAAAAGGACCAGGCAUUCGAACGACGGUUCCAGCAAGUCCUCGUCAAGGAGCCCUCCGUUUCCGAGACCAUCUCCAUUCUUCGCGGUCUGAAGGAGAAGUACGAAGUGCAUCACGGUGUAAACAUCCUUGAUGGUGCUAUUGUCAACGCCGCGGAACUGGCCGCCCGCUACCUCACUGCCCGUCGACUUCCGGACUCUGCAGUCGAUCUUAUUGACGAAGCUGCUGCUGCUGUCCGCGUGACCCGUGAAUCCGAGCCCGAGGCCCUGGAUAACUUGGAGAGAAAGCUUCGCCAGCUCCAGAUUGAGAUUCACGCCCUGGAACGUGAGAAGGACGACGCUUCCAAGGCCCGCCUCGAGGCUGCCAAGCAGGAGGCCGCAAAUGUGGCCGAAGAACUGCGACCUCUCCGUGAAAAGUACGAGAGUGAGAAGCAGCGCAGCAAAGCCAUCCAAGACGCCAAGUUGAAACUCGAGAAUCUCAAUGUCAAGAGAGACGAAGCCGAGCGCUCCGGAGACACCCAGACUGCAGCCGACCUUGGGUACUACGCCAUUCCCGAGACCAAGGCUCUCAUCGAGCGACUCGAGCAGGAGCGCAAUAGGGCAGAUGCUGAGCGACGGGCGACACAAGGAGAUGCUGGAGAGGCUUUGCUGGCAGAUGCCGUGGGACCUGACCAGAUCAACGAAAUCGUCGCUCGCUGGACUGGUAUCCCUGUGACUCGAUUGAAGACCACCGAGAAGGACAAGCUGUUGAACAUGGAGAAGCAUCUGGGCAAGAUCGUCGUUGGCCAGAAGGAGGCAGUGACAUCCGUGUCUAAUGCCAUCCGCCUGCAGAGAUCUGGCCUGAGCAACCCCAACUCGCCGCCCAGCUUCCUGUUCUGCGGUCCAUCUGGAACCGGUAAGACCUUGCUCACCAAGGCACUUGCGGAGUUCCUCUUCGAUGAUCCCAAGGCUAUGAUCCGGUUCGAUAUGUCCGAGUACCAAGAGCGCCACUCCCUCAGCCGCAUGAUCGGUGCUCCUCCAGGCUACGUCGGUCACGAUGCCGGUGGCCAGCUGACGGAGAACCUCCGCCGACGCCCAUUCUCCAUCUUGCUGUUCGACGAAGUUGAAAAGGCCGCCAAGGAGGUUCUCACUGUCCUCUUGCAGCUUAUGGAUGACGGACGGAUCACCGAUGGCCAAGGCCGCAUUGUUGAUGCCAGAAACUGCAUUGUUGUGAUGACUUCCAACCUUGGUGCUGAGUUCUUGGCCCGUCCUACCACCAAGGACGGACGCAUCGACCCGGCCACCCGUGAGCUGGUCAUGGGUGCUCUCCGCGACUACUUCCUCCCCGAAUUCCUCAACCGUAUCUCCAGCAUUGUCAUCUUCAACCGUCUGACGAAGCGCGAGAUUCGCAAGAUCGUCGAUCUCCGUCUCAGCGAAGUCCAGAAACGUCUGGAACAAAACAACCGCAAUGUCACGAUCGAAUGCACCGAAGAGGUCAAGGAUUAUCUCGGCGCAUCCGGAUAUUCCCCUGCCUAUGGUGCGCGUCCUUUGGCCCGCAUUAUCGAGCGCGAAGUCCUCAACCGCCUUGCCAUCCUUAUCCUGCGUGGCAGUAUCCGCGAUGGCGAGGUUGCUCGCGUGGUCAUGCGCGAGGGACGCAUCGAUGUGCUGCCUAACCACGAGGUACCAGUCGAUGAAGAUCUCGACAUGAUCGAUGAAGACGAUGAUGAAGCAGUGGCCGAAUUGGAGUCGGGCAGUGGUGACAUGGAUCUGUACGAGUAA